CUCAAGACUCUGGUUUAUCCCUCUUUUUCUCCAUUAAUUACUGAUAUAGUAAGCAUUUUACGAUUCCAUUCACUGAAAAACUUGAUCCUAAGGCUUGUGUUUUGUUCAAUGCGUUUGUGUAUUGGGAUGGCAUAUUUCGGGGUCAAAACCAACAGCAAUCGUACCGGGAAGAGUCCAGCUGAUAAGCAUAAAUAAUAAUAUGGUACCACUUGAAGAAAGCAAGCUAAGGGUGAUGCUGGAGAUCACCGGGGGAGAUUCCAGCCAUGACCGACCCGGAUUGGAUCUUGUGGCAGUAGUAGAUGUCAGCGGAAGCAUGGCCGGAGCAAAGAUAGCAAAAGCAAAAACUGCCAUGCUAUUUAUGAUCAAGAAACUUAGCUCUAUUGAUCGUUUCUCUGUUGUGACAUUCUCCGGGGACGCCAUAAGGUUGUGCCCAUUGCGCCAGAUAUCCGAAAAUUCUCGAAAGGAACUUGAAAAUCUGAUCAAUGGUUUAAAGGCCAGCGGUAACACCAACAUCACUGCUGGUCUUCAAACUGGCUUAAAAGUGAUUAAUGAUCGUAGUCUUAGACGCGGGCGUUCAGUUGGCAUCAUGCUUUUGUCCGAUGGGGAGCAGAACGCCGGUGGUGAUGCAGCCCAGGUUCCGAUCGGCAAAGUGCCAGUACACACAUUCGGUUUCGGCAAAAAUCACCAAUCUAAGCAGAUCUUGCGCCGGAUGAUUUUCUGCAGUUGCUCCUGCCUUUCGGCUUCUUUGUCACUUUAUUUCUACCCUGGUUUGCCUGCAGCAGCUCUUAGGCCUGUGCUCAAGGCUAUUGCAGAUAAUAGCAUUGAAGGAACGUUCUCAGAAGUUCAAAACACGGCCAACUUGAGCAUAGCUUUUUCCCAGUGUUUGGCUGGACUUCUCACUCGCGUUGUUGAGGACCUGAAGCUGACAAUCACAAGAUGCGGAGACGAAUCGAAAAUACAACAGGUAAUUGCCGGAAGCUAUCCACAAUCCAAGAACGACACUACUGGCUCUAGAACUGUUACUAUAGGGGGUAGGGCGUGA